GCUCAGCAGGUUGACAACAGCAAGUCGCCGAAGACGACGACUACGACGACGAUAACUACGACGACCAAGAGCAGAAGACGAGCUGAGUGUGUUAAAGUGAUCAAAAUAAUUAAAAAACAAAACAUUUUAAAAAGUUUAAACUAAUUUAUAAUUAAAACAAAAUACCAAUAAAAAUCGAAAAGUAACGAAACCUUAAAUAUUUUACUACACCAAAGUCUUGUGCAGUGCAUAAUAAAGAUACAAUAAUACCUUUAAAAAAAUGUGGAGAUACUGCUAUAUACUAUGUUGUGUCGCAUUCCUCGCAUUAACUGCAGUUCACGGUAUACACACACAAUCGCAAAGUAGUUUUGUGCCAAACUAUAGUAUAACACCCAGUUCACAAUUGGCUUACUAUCACUACCCCUCGCCGAGCAGAAACCAACAAAGUUUCAUUGCAGCACCACAAGUGCCAAAUUAUCAUACGUCACAACGUGCCUCAUAUGCAACAAGUGCUAGUACCCAGCAACAUAGUGCUGCAUAUUCUAAGUUUCAUCCUAUUGCAGCACCAGUAGGCGCACAAGUGGCACAACAUGUGUUACCCCAAAAACACUAUCCGCAGCAACCCAUAGCACCGCCACAACCACAAACGCAAUACCAACAGAGUGUUAUAGCGGAGUUCCAAUCACCUGAAUUGGAACACGAAGCUUUUACCAUGGCCUUGACAAGUCAAGGUUAUGUCUUUGGUGCUGCAUCAACAGUCGACAGUAGCGUUAGCAGCAUUUCAAGCGGUCGCGCGCUGAGCAAAGAUGAUAUCGAUAAUUUCGAAGCCAGCACGGGUAGUGAGAAGCACUCACUCAAUGUACGUCUACCACUGCCAAUUGGCGUAACGCCGAUUAAAGUGGGUCCACUGCCAUUACAGGCAGGUGCUUCAUUCUCGGCACUUCCGCACGCUCUGACGUCCUACGGAACAACACAUCCGCAACGCAAGUAAAUAGGCAACAAAUAUUUGUUGGCUUAGCAUAAAUACAAAUUUAAAGAAUUAAUUAAUAAUUAAUUAAUAAUUUAAACGAACUGUGUCAUUCCAUACGAAAAAACUCGAAUUUUAUCUUUUGUAUCUUUUAAUUAGUUAAUGAGAUUACUUGCCAUACAAAC